AUGAAUAGGCAAAUGUUUCAUCUAACUCUGUUCUUAUUACUGAAUUAUGCAAAUUGUUUUUAACACUCUAUUUAUGAAGAAUUUAAUACUAAAAAGAUUAAUUUAACUAAUACAAAUUGGAAAUGUGAGGUAAGUACAACAACAAUACCUUCUGAAGUAUUUACUUGCAGUAAGGGAAUGGAUUUAAUGGUGAUAAAAUAAUAAGGAUAAACUUGUAAUUAAAUGUAGAAUCAAAUUGACACUAAAUUACCACACUAUAAGAUCUAAUUGUAUAUUGAUGUUUAUGGUUAUCAUAGUAUAGAUGAUUCUGAGAGUAUUUAGGUGAGUAUCUUAGACAAUAUUUAUACUCGUUCUCUGCGUCUUUAUCCAUAUUAAGGUUAAUAAUUAAAAUAGUGUAAUAAUUACACCGGAAACCUAAUUCGUUAAUCCAUCUUCACAGAACUUAAUCAUUCUCACGAAUAAGUGAAUCUUCAAAUAAAGAGUACAGCAAAUUCAGAAUUUGCAGACGAAUCCUACUUAUUUAGAAAUGUUUAAUUGAUUUUGGAUAGAUGUUACAAAACCUGUAAGACUUGUUCAGGUGAUGGUAAGCAAGAGUGUCUAACAUGUUAUAACAAUAUAGCUUUGAGUGCUAGUAACACUUGCGAUUCUUGUAAGAAUUAGAAUAACUAAAAUUUCCUUUAAAUUCCAAUUGGAUGUUAAUCUCAAUGUGAUGACAAUCAAGAUUACGAUGAAGAUUAAGUAUGUAUUGAAAAAAUAAGUAAUAAAUCAUAAUAUGUUUUAGAACCUCAAGAAAAAUGCUAAGUUGAUUGCCAAUAAUGUACUAAUACAUAAAGUUGUUUAAUCUGCAAACCCUAAAAAUAUCUCUACUUCGGAUAAUGCAUGGAUCAAUGCCCAGAAUACACUAUAGUAUAAGGCACUAAUUGUUUAAGCAAUAUUGAGACUAUUUUAAAGAUGAACAAUUUAAGAAUUACACAAUUAUUUAAAUAAUUUCACGAUUUAUCAACCACAAAAAUGACUAUUCAAGAGCAUUUUUCAGUUAUAUCAUUAAAUAAUUCUUUUGAUUUCAAAAAAGGUUCUGAUAUUUAUUAUAGUUACUUUGGAAGUAAAAGAAUAUUUGGGGGACCAUUGGUUUGGGUUAAUGCUAAAUUUAAGUUUACUUAAAGUUGGAUCUAGGAGUUCAGAAUUAUUAGAAUAUUUUUUGAAAUUAUUUUAGGGGAUGUUGAAUUUAAUAAAGCUAAAUUUACAUAUAAAUUAAAUGAUCAAUAGUUGGAAUCUAUAACUUUAACUUAAAACUAUUCAGGAAGUAAUCCAAACAUUGAGGAUCAAAUCUGGCCAAACAAUUAUCUAUUCAAUAUAUAUAAGGUGGAUAAAACUUUAAAGUACUUUAUAUCAACUAAUAAGUAAUUAACUAUGGAAAUUGAAUGUUAAAAUAGUAAUUCACUUGGCUUUUGUGGAAUUUAGAAUAUGGUUGUAUUUGGAGAUUUUGAAUGUGAACCUGAAUAUAAUUUUGAUUUUUUUAAUCAUGAGACUGGCAGAAAUCCUUUUAUUCCAAUUUGUGGUGAUAAAAUAGUUGUUGGAGACGAGGAAUGUGACGACGGCAAUAAUUAUCCAUUUGAUGGAUGUUUUAAUUGUAGAUACUAAUGUGAAGAGCAUUGUGAUAAUUGUGUUUAUGGUUAUUGCAUAAGUAAAAAUUUUAAAUAGAAAGCUAUUUAAAUCUAGGGAGAUAGCGUUGAAUAUAAAUUCGCUUACAAUUUUUUGGAUAGUAUUUAAUUAUCUUGUAUAUUUCAGUGUGAUAUAUGUAUAAACAAUCUUUGUUUGUAAUGUAGUUAUGGGUACUAUUUAAACACAAUUAACAAUUUAUGCGAGACUUUUUGUGGAGAUUCUAUCUAAUAAGGUAAUGAGUAGUGUGAUGACGGUAAUACAGACAACUAUGAUGGUUGCUCUCUAUGUGAAUUGAUAUAAUAUGAUAAAUGUGAUAAAGGAUUGGAUAUCGAAAAGUAUCACUGCACUUAUUGUUAUUAAGGGAAAUGCUUAAAAUGCAUAGAUGGAUUUCUAUUAGAUGGCGAUAUUUGCAUUUCAGUAUGUGGGGAUGGAUUACUGAAUCUAAUGGAGGAAGAAUGCGAUGUGUAAGCUGGGGAUGGAUGCAGGGAUUGCAAAAUAUAGGAUGGCUAUGUUUGCGGGAAAUUAGACUUUUCAAUUUGUUAGACAUGUGAUAUAUAAUGUGCUUAAUGUGUAAGUUUAGAUAAGAUCAAUUUGAUUUGUAAAUCAUGCAUUGAUGGUUACUUUCCUGUAGAUGAGAAAUGUCAAUUAUGUGAUUCAAACUGUAUCACUUGCUAAUAGCAAUCUAACUUAUGUACAUCCUGUUACAGAAGUGAUUGUGAUUUCUGUGAAUCAACCCCUGGUCUUUUUGGAAAUACAAAAACUAAGUCAUGCGAUUCUAUUUGUGGUGAUGGAAUUCUAGUUGAGUUGUAUGAGUAGUGUGAUGAUCAGAAUUAAGAUAAUGGAGAUGGCUGCGAUUCUUAAUGUAAUUUAGAGUUUUCAGAUAAUGAUUUAAAUUAAAUGAAGUUUUAUUAAGAAUUUGCAAAUAAUACCUAUGAUUUGAAACUUGUUCCUCAAUAUUAGUUGCAAAUUUUAUGCAAUUCUGCAAAAAUCACCAUAGACAAUAUGGAAAUCUCAGAUUACAACUAUAAUUGCACUUAAAUCGAUGACUUAACAUGCAAACUACAAUUUGAUUUCAAGAAAUCCAUCUAUUAAUCUAAUACAAUUCAUGCAUUGUUAUAGUUUACAAAUUAGAUGAAAAGACUACUUGUUGAAAAUGAUAGAAUUCUUCAAUUUGAUAUCACACCAACAGAGUAUAUUAUUUUAAACUAGAAUGAUGAAGAGUAAUAGGAAUAGAUAUAAAGUGCUCAGUAGUCUUUUAAUUCAUUUUUUCUAAUAAUGAUCCCAGUGUCUAUUAUUUUCAAUCUCUUUAAUUAUUUGUGGGCAGUUCUAGAAAUAUUAAGUUGGAUCAAUAAUUUCUAUUUUCUUAAUGUUAAUUAUCCUUUCAAUGUGGAACUUUUUUUUUUAAAUAGUAAUUGGUCAAGUUUCAUUAAUUUUCCAACUUAUUAAGGAUUGAAUCAACCCGAUAGUAGUUAUUACUUUGAGGCUCCAAAAAGGUUCAUGAAUAAAGGAAUAGAUCCAUUAUUCUUUAACAACAUUUAAAUCCCAUUGAUGUUUAUAUUUUCCUCCAUCCUCAUUUUUCUAAUCAAUUAUUUGCUUUAUUCAUUCUUUUCUCUACUUGACGAUGCUUUAAAACUAAAAAUAUCAUUAAAAGACAAGCAUAUCAGUGUUUUUAAUAUUUAAAUCAAAAAAUAACCUCAUCAAAAUGCAAUAAAAGAGCAAGAAUAAAUGGUAGUCCAAAAUAAAUAUUUGAAAUAUAUUACUAAUUUUUUUAAGUCAAAUUCAACCCAUCUUAUAAAUUAGUUUAAAUCAACGAUUUCUUUAUGCUUAUUGGAUAUUACUUUAGCAAUUUUCCUUUAGUUAUUAUAUUCAAAAAAUAAUUCGCAUAUCAUAGUGGGUUCAAAUCAAUUCCUUGCAAUAAUGGCAAUUGGCAUAAUCAUAUUUUAAUGUUAUUAACAAUAUUAAAUUUUGAAUAUUCAUUAGCUAAAAGCCAAAAAUAAACAUUUUGAAUAAAAAUUUGGCAUUUAUUAUGAAAACAUAAACCUUGAAAAUUCAUUCGGAUAUUAUUAUUCAUUUUUUGAAUAGAUAAGCAAAAUCCUGUACAUAUUUUUCAUGGUAUUUUACUACUACACUCCACUUUUGUAAGUAACUUUGUGUUAUCUAUCCUCCUCUUUAUGUUUUGUUUUCUUAUUAUAUUAAAAUCCAUUUAAUUCAAAGAAAGAAUAUGUGAGAGAAUUAUUAUCGAAUUUUUGUUUAGGCUCCAUUUUAUUCAUUAUUAUUUCAUUUGCUGUUAAUGAUCAAAUACAAUUUGAAUUUAUAGAGCAAAACAAAAUUAUUUUAGGCUGGAUGAUUAUUGCCUUGGUCUUAGUUGCAAUCGCCAAUGAAUUUUGUAUUCUGGGUUUUGGUUUAAUUCUGUAAUUUUUCAAUUUUUUUUAAAUUUUAAGGAAUCUAAUAAAAAAGAAAAGUUAAAAUAACGGUGAUUAACUUAAUGAAUAACAAUCUGAGUAAAAAGAAACAAAAAAUAUACAUAAUACAAAAGGAAAUUAAUUAAAAUCUAGAGAUACAAAUUUUUCAAUUGUAUUUUUUUGA